GUCAAUGACGUCAGUGUCCGUUUCCGUUCAAAGCAACGUCCAUAUUUGUUUCUCGACGUUAAAAUGGGGCACGUUACCGUCUUCAGGCGCAAACCACAAUUCUUACCAUGCUUUCAUCAAACUUUUCCUCUCCUUUAGAACACUCUUUCCCUUUUUUUUUCUCGCCAUAUUUUCUUUUCUCCCGAUUUCUUUCAAAAACGUCGACCUUAAAGAAAAAAAUCAACAACAAAAACUCCACAAACAAACAAAAAAAGACACCAUUCUCCCUCAAAUCUCUUAGAAUUUCACGACAUUAUUUUAUAAUCACACACAAAAUAUACCUACACCACUUAACAAAGUAAUAAAUAUAUGAUAUAAUCGCUUAAAUUCCCGCAAAAUCGAUCGAUCGAACUUUGCUAAGUUCUUUCAUGACAACGUAACUUUUCCUCUCUCUCCCAACUGUUGUACGAUAAUAGUUUCCCCUCUCCUCUGUGUGGGUGGGCACAUUUAUAUAUACAUAUAUCUAUAUAUAUAUAUAUAUGGUCAUUGCAGCAUUCCUCUCUCUCUCUCUCUGGUCAGUGUUGUUAUUGAAGUUAUGGAGGCAAGACAAUAGAAUCAAUGAUGUACCCACAUAUAUAUAUUCCUUCCUCCUCUCUGUAUUAUAUGUUACCACCCUAUUUGGUUUCAUCCGUUAUUUCCGUCUUCCCCACGAAUCCUCACUAAUCUCCGUCCCUGCUGCUCACCUGGUCUCUACCUGUCAUACUUUUAAUCAAAGAUGACUGAAGAUAGUGCAGGGGUGAUAACAGUCACCUGUGGAAAUUUGGUUGGCAAACUACAUAUGGAGAAAUUUAUUUGUCCUGGCAUUCACCGAGAAUGUAUUGAGUAUGAAGGUCGUUUUAUCUCUCCGAAACUGUUUUCUGUCAUGGGCGAGAAAGAAAAGCUGAAAGACUGGAAGAAUGCUGUUCGAAUGAAUGGCAUCCAACUCAGGAAGUACAUUGAAUCAGGACAGUUGGAUUUUACUAAUCACCAAGAGAUGUGUACAGGUCGCUGUGUACCGCACGCACCUUUGAAGACAAUGGUAUUUGAUGAUGGCACUUUGGCCCCAAUCUCAACUCUGCUGGCAGAGACUGGGAUUAGCAUUAAAGAAAACAAUUAUCUCUAUGUUUCUGAACAGACUUCUGGCAAAAUUGCUGAAGCAGUAGGAAGUCAGUAUACGUAUGUUAAUCAAUCUCAAAACCAAGAUGACCCCGAUGUCAAACCAAGUGUACAGGUUCUGCAUAGAGCUGUGACAGCUGAAAACACUGAAGAACAACAACAACAACAGCAGCAACAACAACAACAACCACCUGAUGUUUUACAGACAUUUCCUCGUUCUAGUACUACUGUUGUGAUGGUGUAUGUUGGAGCACAGCCCAGUGGCUCUGAAAGUCAACUGUUUUGGAAAGGAAUAAUUGAGCUCGGACUUGCUGAUGAAAUAUUUCGGGAAAUCAAGACCACCUUGGACAAUCUAAAACAUAAUCUCAUUCGAAACCAAUGUCCACUUGAAGAGGUACGGAAGGUUUCAAGAGUUGCCAGUGAACUGGGUUUGACAUCAAAACUGAAACACUGGUUGGCAGCUCAUAAAACUGACAUGGAACGACAGAAAGAGAAACUUGAUAAAGAAAUGGAAGAACUUCGACGUCGAGUUGCAGAAGCGGAACACAAGAAGGAAUUACUAAAGAGGAAGUCUCAGUGCUUUGACCAUUUAUUGGAGAUUAGUAAAUCCAAACGGCAAGGCCUUCUAGCAUACAAUAAUAGCUUGCAUAUGCAUUCUGCAUCUCCUAGUCCGGACAGCAGCCAGCUGACAGACCAUGACAACAUGAACUCUGUCCAUGUAAAAACUCUCUGCGCAUCUUCAUCGUCUUCAUCUGCAAAUUCAUCAGGACAUUUUACAAUGCAUCCUGCAAUUUUAGACGGAACCUCUAACAAUCAAUCUAUGAGUAGGACUCGGAGCCCCGUUAGUGUGGAAGAGGCUCGAUCAACUUCUUAAGUUUUAUUGAGAAAAAAAAAAAAAACUUAUCUUCACAAUGGCUUAUUUUAUAUGCAAAGCAUUCCCUGGUUGUAUUCUUAUGUAAAUAUGUAUUUUUUAAGCUUCUUCAAAGUUAAUGAUUAUUAUUAUUAUUAUUACAGCACAGAAAAAGACAAAAAUAAUUGAUUGGCACAUGGAAGAUGGGGGUUUAUUUUGUGUAAAAAACUUUAAAAAAAAAAAGGCAGCAAUUUGAAAAAUGACCCAAAAUAAAACAAUCAAAGUGAAA